GGUUGUAGCCUCAAUGGCGCUGCACAUGCGUUCACAGACGAUAUAAAAGCACAGAUGAGUAAAGAUGAGUCCUCUACAUAUCUCCAUGGACACACCUGAGAAUUUUGCUGAAGUUAAAUUGUUGGCCUUUCUUGCGAAUGGAAACACCCAACAUAGCUGAGUGAUUUAAUCCCGUGAAGCACUCUCUUGACUUGGAUUUUAAACAAGGAACGCAGAAAAAGAUUUCAACAAAUUGGCAUAUAGCCUUUCUUCUUUGUUUUCCUGCAAAAUACAGAAUUAUUGCUAUAACCCGUUUUGUCGGUCGACUAUUGAACUCAUUUCAUGUCGCACGUUCUGUGUUGGGGAAAUUAAUAGAAUAUCGUUUUGUUUGAAAUGAAAUAAGACAUUUAGUAGACUGAAUGAGCGUUGAACCUUUGUCCAAAUAUUUUUUAUAGGAGUAAUUCACACGGAAACCGAGAGGAAACAUAAAACAACACUCGACUGCAUUUACCUUCUUUGUGUCGUAGGCUAUUGCUCAGUAGGCUACGUCCUUCAAGUAUCGGCGAUAAUGACUGCUCUGUGUACUGGGUCAAUAUUAGGAUCUGCGCUGUUGCUCCUGUCAAUAGUCUGCCAAGACAACGCACAGGUUACAAAUGGAGAAGAAUGCGCCAGGGAUUUCAUUGUGGGCAAUGAAAACUUUGUGCUAGACACUGAAGACUCUGUCAAAACAGGAGCCAGAUUCAUCUCGUCUCCAACUGUAACCCAAGCUGAAGACUGUGUUGACUAUUGUUGUAAAGACCCCAAUUGUAACUUGGCUCUGAUUGAGAAUGGUGCAGAGAAAGGCUCGGUUACAACUUGCUUUCUGUUUAAUUGCCUGUACAAUAGAGAGUAUGUCUGCAGGUUUGUGAACAAAGUGGGAUUCACAAAUUACAUUUUGGACUCAGUCUAUGAAGAUUACCUGGGAGGACCUGAAAGCACCCGUGGUAAGAUCAAGACUCGACUCACUCCAGUUACAGGUAGUCAUUUAUUUAUAGUCUUGUAGGCCUACGGACCAGUUUCCCAGAUACAUAUUAAUAACCAUAAUCCUGGACCAAGCAUGUUUAUUAAGGAUUUAAAUCGGCAAUCAGGAGUUGAAACAAUAACAAAGUACAUUCCCUGCCACUGUUUUGCUAAAAAGCUGGAGAAAUGGAGCCACUCUAAAAUUCAUAGACCGAGCUAUGGAUGCAAGGACUGACCAUCCACGAUAUCAACAUGAUAGUUUGUAUCAUGUGUUGAGGCUAUACAGAGUUUGUUUACAUUUACUUUGGUUACAAACAUUGGACUAAUGGGGUACGACACUUGAACUAAGCUCAUCAGGCAUUUUUAAGUUAUAUUCUUCAAGAAUCAAUGCAUCCAUAUCAUUGAUUUAUAUGUUCAAAAAUAGAUGUAUCUAUUGCAGAUUGCCCCUUUUAAAGAGAUGUUUCAUCCAGUACUAUAGGCUAAUCUGGAGACCAGCCCAUUGUUACUAACUAGUAGAUAAUUACUAACCCCCACAACUUCAACGAUAUCCACCCCAUCUCCUGCUUAUGUCCUACAGUGAUUUAUUUUGUGUGUGUGUGUUGGGUACUGGGACAGGAAAAAAUAAAAGAAUAUCUGUGCAAAUGGACCAAUAAAGCAACUAUUAUUACUAUUGUUUUGAUGGUAAGUCUUUUGCUGAUUGGUAUGACUGCUCAGGUGAUGAGGAUAAGUUCCCCACGGCCAACGCGGGCCGGAACAUUGUGGUCCAACCCAAUGACAGGGUGACAUUGAAUGGCAUUGAGAGCUGGGACGACAAAGGGAUCACCAGCUACGAGUGGAGCCUUGUGGAGGGGAACAACACGGUGGUCAUUACGGUGAGGGCAUCAACCACCAUAGUCUCAUCCUCAUUGUAAUAACGAUACACUUUAUUGUCCCAGAGGGGAAAUAGACUUGGGCACAAAAUGAGGACUAUACAUUACACACUCAACACAUACUCUUCAUCAUCAUCACCAAACCCUCCUUUUCUUCAUUAGCCAAUGUAUAAUCUAUUGUUGUUAUUCAGAACAGUGCUACAUGUUUUAAUGGUGUGGACUUGCUGCAUGGUAAAAAUCCAGGAUAAAUAUGCACAUUUGCCUUCAAAGUCUUUUGCGAGUUUAAUAAUCUGAAUAAGCACACUGAACAAGCUAAAAUGCUUGUUUUCAUGAGACAGAGAGAAAGGGAGAGAUAUAAAAGGCCACAGUUGUAUUUUUCUCUUAACCUUUUUCUUCCAGAAAACGGACCUGAAGGAUCAGGUGAUGCUGUUAAACCUGAAACCUGGGAUGUACGUCUUCCAGCUAAAGGUUACCGACUCCAGCAACCAGUCAGACAUGGAUCAGGUCUCGGUCCUCGUCCUCACUCCAGAACAGUCUGAGGGUGAGUACUGAAUUAUGGGAAAUGUCCAUGUUAACGCUUUAAGGAUGUGUUUCAAAGUCGUCAAUAACCAGAUUUCCAUCCAACCUUUUUAUGUCGGAUAAAACAUGUCACGGCAUGCCUGAUGGAAACAGAAUAUUUGUCGAUAAACUUUCCAAAUGUCGUUGAAAUUGCUGCAUGUUGUGUUAAUUGUUGUUCAGUAUAAAUGAAUGUCAUCCUUUGAACUACUCCUAGACAAACCUGGUCUUUGGUUUGCUGUAAUCAGGCAGUUGACUAAGUAUUUCCUCUACCCUGCACUAUGAUCGGUACCCCAGACAUACACUUCAUUUAAUGUGUGUAAGCAAACGUUUACAUGAAGGCAGGGCCUUAUUUGGUUACUGGUUAACAUGGGCCUGGGUUUUAGUUAAAGAACAAUUUAUAUUUUAUUAACGCUUGAGCCAAACAACUUCGAUACAGUACUUCAAUUACAGUCAACAUCAUUAGGGGAUCUCAAUGGUUUGUGAAUUAAACUGAUUAUUUUCGACCAUUAACCAUUUUUAAGUCGAGCGUGUAGCUUUAAAAACAUGUGUUCUUGACACCCAACACAAGGAGAUAACCAUGUGACCACUCCCCUGCUAAGCUAGGAUCAGAACAGGUCUAGCGUGAUUCACAGUUGAGUCACAUCAGCCAGUAACUUUAUUGGCUGAGGCUCAGCCCUCCUUGAACAUUCCACAGAAUGUUGUGUUGCUGUUAGAUAUUUCUGGGAGUUUUGUAACAUGAAAUGGGGUACUUGUGUUACAAAUAGGCAAUAUUUGUGUCAUGGUAGAACAAAAAAAAAUAUGGAAACUUGACUGAGUGCAGCAAAGGGGGAAGCCCCCAAAACAGAAGUGUAGAGUAGGCUUGUGCCAAUAGAUAGUAGAACCAACCACACAGUAGAUGGCAGUAGAUUCUUUUUUUUUUCUUUUUUUUUUUUCUCACUGUACUUCAAGUUCAGCUACAACUGCACUGUAGGAAGAGCCAAGAUGGCCAUGCAGGGGUUCCAGUGAAAUAAAAGUCAUAGCAACUACCACAACCUCUCCGGCCCUUCUUUAAAUAAUGUUUCCCUGUAUUGGAGAGACUUCCUCCACAUCUCGAGAGCUUGGGACUAGAAGGUUCUAUCUGCAAAAAAAGAUGAUUCUGAAAUAAUUAGCUUUCAUGUUCUGAACCCUCAUUGGAUUGAAGUGUCAGCAAUUUUGAUCUUGUGUUCUUUUGAACUUAACAUGAAUUGUGGUAUUUAGAGUACUACACAGUAUAGUUGGAGAACAUUGAACAGAACAAGACCGUCAAUAGAGUCUUGUAGUCCCAAGCUCUCGAUCUCAUAAACGUAAGGAAUUCUAUUGAAUAUAGCAACCCACUCCAGCUUUGUCCUCAGAUCAAUGGCCCCUAUUACCUUAUCUGUGUACUCAUGCUAUAUGAACAAAAAGUCAUUUAUACGUGUGUUAUCACUGAGCGGUUUAUCUGAGGUAAACAGGAACUCUUAAUCGCUCACUGCUGAUGCACUAAGCUGAUGAGGGUCCAUAUCCUCUUUGAAAUGUUGACUAACUGUAAUUCCACACAUUGUCAUCUGGGUUGAGUUAAUGGCACACACAGAAACAUUUAGAAAUGUUUUGCAAAGGCUAACGAAAAUGUAUGCUUCUUAUUGGACAAGUCCAGGUAGUCCCUCCCUUUUUUCUUCUGUAUGAUGCCGAAUGAAUGCAACCUAGGUGCAUGUGAUUGGUUGGGCAAACGGUUGGUUGCUAUUAUAAGGUUGGAUAGAAUAGAUCAAUUCAUUGUUGCGUUGAUAUCACUCCAUCAUACCUGUGCUGAGUGACCGAUCCAACAUGGUAACAAGGGGAAGUGCCAAAAAUCAUUGCUGGAUUAAUUAAUAUUCAGGGUUUGAAGUUAGCCCCUAUUCAAGUCAGUUUUGUUGAAUGCCUUUGUGGGAAUCAGAACAGUUCCCUUCCAAAGUACACCUACAGAUCUGAAAUGAUUCAAUGGGUAUAAGCAAUAUGAACAUUCCACCGAGCCUAUCAAAAGCAAGGGUAAAACAAUGACCUUCUUUAAGCCAAUCCGAUUCCUUCAUGUUUACCAGAGUGCCUAGGGUUAGGGGCUAGGCCACUAGGGGUUGAUUUGGAAUUUGUAAAGCUAUUAUGCCUGGCUUCUGUCACGUGCCUUGUCAGUUGUCACACCCUCCCCUUGAACCCUUUGUUGUGUCUAGUACACCCGUCCCACUCAUGAGGCCCAGACAAUGGUGUAUGUCUUUAUUGUGUGGCUGGAAGUGUACUCAGUGAGGUGAAGCUUUCAGAUAUACGUAUACAGUGGGGUCUGAAAUGAUUGACACCCUUGAUAAAGAUGAGCAAUAAUGACCUGUAUAAAAUACAUUAUUCAAAUACUGGGCGAUAUUAUAUGGUCAGAAAAAUUGGGAAAUUAUAUUAAUACAAUUGCUCAGAGAAAGAGAUUUUGUUUAACAGGUAAUACUUUUUUUUCUCAAAGGUAGGGGUCAAUUAUUGACCCCCUUAAAGAUUCUUAUAAAUAAAGUAGUCAAGCCUUUAGUAUUUGGUCCCAUAUUCUGAGAAAGCAAUGACUACAUCAAGCUUGUCUUUCAGAUUAUUUUGUGCCCAAUAGAAAUGAAUGGUAAAUAAUGUAUUGUGCCAUUUCUGGAGUCACUUUUAUUGUAAAUAAGAAUAGAAUAUGUUUCUAAACACUUCUACAUUAAUGUGGACGCUACCAUGAUUACAGAUAGUCCUGAAUGAAUCGUGAAUAAUGAAAGUUAGAGGGUGAAAGAUCAUACCCCCAAGACAUGCUAACAUCCCCUGUUAUUGGGAAUGGGGAGAGGUUAGCAUGUCUUGGGGGGUAUGAUCUUUGACCCUCUAUCUGUUAUCAAGGGUCUCAAUAAUUUUGGACACCACUGUAUGCUCCAUACGUUUCUAUCUCAAUGUUCUCUGGCAAUGACUCUCCUGAACACACCCUUAUUGACAUUUCGCCAUGAGCCUAAAGGGUGUGCAUGGGCAAAUGUAAGGAUACAGUCAUAAACUUCCUCUAAUGGUGGCAUUAGUGGCCUGUUGGCUGCAAUAAGCAUUUUAUGGUUAUGGGCUUAAAGGGUAGCACCAACACUGUGUAUUGUAGAUCUACAGUACAAUGUUAAACUGUUUCGCUGCUCAGGUUGAUGGACUUUUGAUAAACAAGACUUUGUUGGCAUGGUGAAGUGUGUUAAAGGGAUAGUACACUGGGGGCGGCAGGUAGCUUAGUGGGUAAGAGCGUUGUGCCAGUAACCGAAAGGUCGCUGGUUCUAAUCCCCGAGCCGACUAGGUGAAAAAUCUGUCGAUGUGCCCUUGAGCAAGGCACUUAACCCUAAUUGCUCCUGUAAGUCGCUCUGGAUAAGAGCGUCUGCUAAAUGACUAAAAUGUAAAUGUAAAAUACACAUUGGCAAGAUUUUCUACUUACCUUGGCUGUUGUCGAUUGACUGAGGGCCUAGACAGUUUUGCAUUAUGGUAAAACUGAGGGAGCCAUUGUCAUGAAUAGCUUAUAUAAAUGGCAUGUGCCAUACAUUAACAUUACUGCCAUGCUAUGUAAAGCAUAGAUAAUUUACCUAUGUAUCUCAUGUAAAGUUGUACAAAAAAAUCUAACCAAUAUUAACCCUCAUAAUCAUCUCUGUCUGUCUGACUGCCCAGGUCAUUGUCUUGUCCCCAAGAAGGUGGGUCAUUGUCGAGGUGCCUUCCCCAGGUGGCACUACAAUGGUGCGUCGGAGAAGUGCGAGGAGUUCACCUUCGGAGGCUGCAAGGGGAACCGCAACAAUUACUUGUCUCUGCAGGAGUGCUCCGACGCCUGCCAAGGCGUGUCAGGUACAAUGAGAUGGAGCUGUCUGUCUGGCUCUCUCUGUUUGUCUCUGUCUGUGUCUGUCUGCAGCCGACUGACUGUGUGCCUGCCAGCUGUCUUUCAUAUUCUCUCUUGCAAGUUGAAUAGAUUGUCUCUCUUUUUCAACCUACAGCUGCUUCAGGAAGAAGAGUGCCUACUGAAGGUGAGUGUAAUGUACAGUUGAAGUCGGAAGUUUACAUACACUUAGGUUGGAGUCAUUAACUUGUUUUUCAACCAGCUCUGUCAGGAGGAAUGGGCCAAAAUUCACCCAAUUUAUUGUGGGAAGCUUGUGGAAGGCUACCUGAAACGUUUGACCCAAGUUAAACAAUUUAAAGGCAAUGCUACCAAAUACUAAUUGAGUGUAUGUAAACUUCUGACCCACUGGAAAUGUGAUGAAAGAAAUAAAAGCUGAAAUAAAUCAUUCUCUCUACUAUUAUUCUGACAUUUCACAUUAUUUUAAGAAUGUGGUGAUCCUAACUGACCAAAAACAGGGAAUUUUUACUAGGAUUAAAUGUCAGGAAUUGUGAAACUUAGUUUAAAUGUAUUUGGCUAAGGUGAUUGUAAACCUCCGACUUCAACUGUACAUACUAAUUUAUGGGCACAUAAACACUAUCCACCACAUAAACACUAUCCACCACAUAAACACUAUCCACCACAUAAACACUAUCCACCACAUAAACACUAUCCACCACAUAAACACUAUCCACCACAUAAACACUAUCUACCACAUAAACACUAUCCACCAUAUCUCUGUUAAAUAUGUGUGUGUGUGUGGUUUAGGGGAGGUGUGUGGCUCCCACUGUAACUCUGGUCAGUUUACCUGUGCCAACGGCUGCUGUCUGGAUGAAGUCCUGGAGUGUGACACGGUGACUCAGUGCAGCGACGGCUCUGACGAGGCGUCCUGCGACAAGCGUGAGUCCACACACAAACACACACACAGCAGUUCUUAACUUAACUAAAUGACCCUCUUUUUUUUAUUAUUGUACUGUCUCAAUGCACACUCACAUGACUCUACACACUCACGCACACACUCACUUAAGUUGCUCACACACACAUCAUUAACACACAUUUAUACUGACUUUACACACAAACACACACACCCAUAUAUGCUGCUGCUACUCUGUUUAUCAUACAUCCUGAUGCCUAGUAACCUUACCCUUCUACAUAUAUACCUCUAUCACUCCAGUAUCCCUGCACAUUGUAAAUAUUGCAUUGGAACUGACCCUGUAUAUAGCUACUGACCCUGUAUAUAGCUACUGACCCUGGAACUGACCUGGUAUAUAGCUACUGACCCUGUAUAUAGCUACUGACCCUGGAACUGACCUGGUAUAUAGCUACUGACCCUGUAUAUAGCUACUGACCCUGGAACUGACCUGGUAUAUAGCUACUGACCCUGUAUAUAGCUACUGACCCUGGAACUGACCUGGUAUAUAGCUACUGACCCUGGAUAUAGCUACUGACCCUGGAAAUGACCCUGUAUAUAGCCACUGACCCUGGAACUGUCCCUGUAUAUAGCUACUGACCCUGUAUAUAGCUACUGACCCUGGAACUGACCCUGUAUAUAGCUACUGACCCUGGAACUGACCCUGUAUAUAGCUACUGACCCUGUAUAUAGCUACUGACCCUGGAACUGACCCUGUAUAUAGCUACUGACCCUGGAACUGACCCUGUAUAUAGCUACUGACCCUGGAACUGACCCUGUAUAUAGCUACUGACCCUGGAACUGACCUGGUAUAUAGCUACUGACCCUGGAACUGUCCCUGUAUAUAGCUACUGACCCUGGAUAUAGCUACUGACCCUGGAACUGACCCUGUAUAUAGCUACUGACCUUGGAACUGACCCUGUAUAUAGCUACUGACCCUGGAACUGUCCCUGUAUAUAGCUACUGACCCUGGAACUGACCCUGUAUAUACAGUGGGGAAAAAAAGUAUUUAGUCAGCCACCAAUUGUGCAAGUUCUCCCACUUAAAAAGAUGAGAGAGGCCUGUAAUUUUCAUCAUAGGUACACGUCAACUAUGACAGACAAAUUCAGAAAAGAAAAUCCAGAAAAUCACAUUGUAGGAUUUUUUAUGAAUUUAUUUGCAAAUUAUGGUGGAAAAUAAGUAUUUGGUCACCUACAAACAAGCAAGAUUUCUGGCUCUCACAGACCUGUAACUUCUUCUUUAAGAGGCUCCUCUGUCCUCCACUCGUUACCUGUAUUAAUGGCACCUGUUUGAACUUGUUAUCAGUAUAAAAGACACCUGUCCACAACCUCAAACAGUCACACUCCAAACUCCACUAUGGCCAAGACCAAAGAGCUGUCAAAGGACACCAUAAACAAAAUUGUAGACCUGAACCAGGCUGGGAAGACUGAAUCUGCAAUAGGUAAGCAGCUUGGUUUGAAGAAAUCAACUGUGGGAGCAAUUAUUAGGAAAUGGAAGACAUACAAGACCACUGAUAAUCUCCCUCGAUCUGGGGCUCCACGCAAGAUCUCACCCCGUGGGGUCAAAAUGAUCACAAGAACGGUGAGCAAAAAUCCCAGAACCACACGGGGGGACCUAGUGAAUGACCUGCAGAGAGCUGGGACCAAAGUAACAAAGCCUACCACCAGUAACACACUACGCCGCCAGGGACUCAAAUCCUGCACUGCCAGACGUGUCCCCCUGCUUGUCCAGGCCCAUCUGAAGUUUGCUAGAGUGCAUUUGGAUGAUCCAGAAGAGGAUUGGGAGAAUGUCAUAUGGUCAGAUGAAACCAAAAUAGAACUUUUUGGUAAAAACUCAACUCGUCGUGUUUGGAGGACAAAGAAUGCUGAGUUGCAUCCAAAGAACACCAUACCUACUGUGAAGCAUGGGGGUGGAAACAUCAUGCUUUGAGGCUGUUUUUCUGCAAAGGGACCAGGACGACUGAUCCGUGUAAAGGAAAGAAUGAAUGGGGCCAUGUAUCGUGAGAUUUUGAGUGAAAACCUCCUUCCAUCAGCAAGGGCAUUGAAGAUGAAACGUGGCUGGGUCUUUCAGCAUGACAAUGAUCCCAAACACACCGCCCGGGCAACGAAGGAGUGGCUUCGUAAGAAGCAUUUCAAGGUCCUGGAGUGGCCUAGCCAGUCUCCAGAUCUCAACCCCAUAGAAAAUCUUUGGAGGGAGUUGAAAGUCUGUGUUGCCCAGCGACAGCCCCAAAACAUCACUGCUCUAGAGGAGAUCUGCAUGGAGGAAUGGGCCAAAAUACCAGCAACAGUGUGUGAAAACCUUGUGAAGACUUACAGAAAACGUUUGACCUGUGUCAUUGUCAACAAAGGGUAUAUAACAAAGUAUUGAGAAACUUUUGUUAUUGACCAAAUACUUAUUUUCCACCAUAAUUUGCAAAUAAAUUCAUUACAAAUCCUACAAUGUGAUUUUCUGGAAUUUUAUUUCUCAUUUUGUCUGUCAUAGUUGACGUGUACCUAUGAUGAAAAUUACAGGCCUCUCUCAUCUUUUUAAGUGGGAGAACUUGCACAAUUGGUGGUUGACUAAAUACUUUUUUUCCCCACUGUAGCUACUGACCCUGGAACUGACCCUGUAUAUAGCUACUGACCCUGGAACUGACCCUGUAUAUAGCUACUGACCCUGGAACUGACCCUGUAUAUAGCUACUGACCCUGUAUAUAGCUACUGACCCUGGAACUGACCCUGGAUAUAGCUACUGACCCUGGAACUGACCUGGUAUAUAGCUACUGACCCUGGAACUGACCUGGUAUAUAGCUACUGACCCUGGAACUGACCCUGUAUAUAGCUACUGACCCUGGAACUGUCCCUGUAUAUAGCUACUGACCCUGGAACUGUCCCUGUAUAUAGCUACUGACCCUGGAACUGACCCUGUAUAUAGCUACUGACCCUGGAACUGACCCUGUAUAUAGCUACUGACCCUGGAACUGACCCUGUAUAUAGCUACUGACCCUGUAUAUAGCUACUGACCCUGGAACUGACCCUGUAUAUAGCUACUGACCCUGGAACUGACCCUGUAUAUAGCUACUGACCCGGGAACUGACCUGGUAUAUAGCUACUGACCCGGGAACUGACCUGGUAUAUAGCUACUGACCCUGGAACUGACCUGGUAUAUAGCUACUGACCCUGGAUAUAGCUACUGACCCUGGAACUGACCUGGUAUAUAGCUACUGACCCUGGAUAUAGCUACUGACCCUGUAUAUAGCUAUUGACCCUGGAACUGACCGUGUAUAUAGCUACUGACCCUGGAACUGACCGUGUAUAUAGCUACUGACCCUGGAACUGACCGUGUAUAUAGCUUACUUACUUCUCAAGUGUUUUUGUUCUACCUUAUGUUAUUUUUAGUAUUACAUUGAUAUUGAUUACUGCAUUGUUGGGUUUAGAGUUUGGCAAGAAAGGCAUUUCUCUGUACUUGUGCACGCGACAUUAAAAUGUGAAACUUAUCAACUGCAAUGAAAACAAGGAAGUCUGCUAGUCUCAAGUCACUUUACCUCACACACACAUGCUCAAACCAGCUUAGUUUUAGACCAUCCGAAAAAAGAGUGACUCUUAGAAGAUUGCUGAGGCACACUUCAUGAAUACAACAGAAACUCCUAAACAUAACCAUGCUGUGUCUGUGCAGCAACAUAACAUGGUGCUUGUUUUGGCAGUGAACCAGACCUUCACUCGUCUCCUGAACAUUAAUGUGGACAAAAGUAGGGGUGAGUUGAUUUGAUUUUCACACCAAAGCUUACUAUAGACCCUAAUAUACCCUUACCAAAGCAAUACUGUUUAUCCUACUACAGCCCUAAUGCCCAUACAUUAAUCCUAGCCCUAGAUGCCUUACCCAAUCCCAGUUCCCAUUCUAUAGACACAACCCAAGUAUCCAGUCCCCUCAGUCCUGUAGUAGACAAUACAUUUAUCACCUCUCUCUCUCUCUCUCUCUCUCUCUCUCUCUCUUUGUCUCUCUCUCUCUCUUUGUCUCUCUCUUUGUCUCUCUCUCUCUCAGCCCGCUGCACCGAGUCCCCCAGGACGGGGCCGUGCCGUGCCAGCCACUCCCACUGGUACUAUGACCCGCUCAACAGGAAGUGCCAUCGCUUCACCUACGGCGGAUGUGACGGCAACGACAACAACUUUGACAUUGAGGAGAGCUGCACUGAGACCUGCAAGGGCGUGACUGGUACAGAACUCUAGGCCUGUAUUCAGUCUCAGAGUAGGAGUGCUGGACUAGGAUCAGUUUUGCCGUUUAGAUCAUAAUGAUUAAGAUUAGGAGGACCUGAUGCUAGAUCAACAUCCUACAUUGACACACUCUUUGAACAACUGAGCUACAGUUUAGGGCUGCGUUCAGCAAAAUGUUAUGGACUGUUCAGAUGUUAGAAUACAGAAAUAUAUUAUGUUCAACUGAUCCGCUUCAUUGACAUGUAGAGUAAGGAAUCAUGUCAGCUCUAUUUAUGGCAUUUCUAUCUGCAACAUUUACGGUAGUACUUUGCAGCUGUAUUGUUCAAAGUAGUGCUAUUUUGAUCUACUGUAUUUAUUGCAGGUCUGUCUCCUUUAAGUCUAUGUGGUCAAGCAAAAGUUUUCAAAGGCUUUGAGGUCAAGCAACAUUGACCAUUAUUCUUAAUGGCUGGAUGUCUUUCUCUAUAGAACAUGAUGUGUUUGCAAGGGGAAUGUUUGAACGCUACGAGGUAGAGGAAACUGAGUCCGGUAAGAACCUGUCUAUCUAUACCUCCUCCAGGAGUUAGAACCUGUGUAUCUAUACCUCCUCCUAAACAGGAGUUAGAACCUGUCUAUCUAUACCUCCUCCUCCAGGAGUUAGAACCUGUGUAUCUAUACCUCCUCCUCCAGGACUUAGAACCUGUCUAUCUAUACCUCCUCCAGGACUUAGAACCUGUGUAUCUAUACCUCCUCCUAAACAGGAGUUAGAACCUGUCUAUCUAUACCUCCUCCUCCAGGACUUAGAACCUGUGUAUCUAUACCUCCUCCUCCAGGACUUAGAACCUGUGUAUCUAUACCUCCUCCUCCAGGAGUUAGAACCUGUCUAUCUAUACCUCCUCCUAAACAGGAGUUAGAACCUGUCUAUCUAUACCUCCUCCUAAACAGGAGUUAGAACCUGUCUAUCUAUACCUCCUCCUAAACAGGAGUUAGAACCUGUCUAUCUAUACCCAGUGCUUGACUUGGGUGAGAGCUCACCGGAGCUGAGUACCGGCACCUCCAAAUGUUCUACUGCUUGAGCUCCUGUUCCUCUUAUAGAAUAUUAGCUCAAAGGUAUAGUGGAGCUCCUGCACCUAAACAUAAACAGUACUGGAAGCUAUUUCAAUCCAAGUCAAGCACUGGCUAUCCCUCUUCCACUGUCAUCUCUUGUUGCUGAAAGUUUCUCAGUCGGUGUCCUUAGUUAUACUUUCUCAGCAUUCUCUGCUGUACGUAGCCAGAUUGUAUUCCAUACACAGUGGGGACAUUUGGGCUACUUCCUCUGACCUCUGUUUAGUCACCUAAACCAGUGUUUCUCACAGGAUUGCACAUUUUUGUUACAGCCUAGCACCAAUACAUCUCAUUCAAUUAUUGGCUUGAUUAAAAGUUGAAUCAGGUGUGUUAGUGGUGGUCUGGAACAAAAAUGUGCAAUCCUUUGAGAAACACUGGUUUAGACGAUUUAUCGGACUAAAUGCUGGUCUAAACCUUAAUCAUUUGUCUGAAUGCUUCUGUUUCUCCAGGCUCCAUCGCUAUAGCUAUAGUGUUAGCGGUAGCCAUCAUGGCGGUGCUGGCUGUCCUGGGUUACUGCUUCCUGAAGAUCAGGAAGGACCGUUCGCAGCACCAGCCCGUGGCCACCAAUGUCCCCCAUGUUGCCUUUGAAGACCGAGACACCCUGGUCUACAACACCACCACCAAGCCUGUCUGAACCAACAAGCACCUGCCUGGCUUUCAGGACCUUGGUAUAUUGUGUUCAUGUGUAUAUACUGAUCUAACCAGAGAAGGACCAGAGCAAUACAUACACAUCUCCCACACAGGUCCAGAAACUCCAGAUAUAGUCAGUAAGUGAGCAAUUUAAGCAACAUUUCACUUGAACAGAGCUUUGCUUGGGCUCCUCCUUGGACAACCGGUUUUUGCUUUCAGAGAAUUUACCAUUAAGGAGUUGGUACAUUAGCAUGCUCUGUCGAAACCAUUCUGCAGAGCUUGAGUGCACAAAAAGUAUGAGACAUGGGCACAAAUCCAAAUACUAUGUAUGUGUGGGCUUUUUUAAGUGUGUUUUUGUAUGUAACACAUUCUCAGGGGGAAAAAAUCUUUGUUCUAGGUUUUUCUUACAGAUUUUGUAAAGAUGAUUUUUUUUCUUUACCUUUUUAUUUAUAAAAUGUGAUUAGUCGCAAGGUUUGUGCUGGGUUUGCAUUAGGCGUUGUUUUGUCAUGAAAAUGUAUAAGGUAAACCACACCAGAUUUAAAUGUAGGUACCAAUAAGUGCUCUAUGUACGUUUUUACUUACUGAAAUAUUAUUAUUUUUAAGCUGUGUUUAUGCACCAGUGUGUCUGUGUACUGAAUUGUUAUCAUACUGUAAUCGUUUCUUACUUUAAGUAACAACCAAGGCCUAGAUCGUGCGGUAGGUGUCUUUUUUGAAAAAGUGUUCUAUGUUUGUGUUUCAUGUUUCCUUUAACCGUAAUAAAACGUUAAUUACAUAAUAUAA